CAACCCCAUAGGCGGUGUAUGUAACGGCUGUUAAUUUAAACUUGAUUAUUUUUCUAGUCUAGUCAUAGAAUAUGUCUACGAUUUAAAUAUUGCUAAAUAUAUAAUAAUGGAUCCAAAAACAGGUCAUGUAAACCAGAAAACACGUUUCCUAGCUCUAUCUUUAAAGAAGAAUAAAAUACAUAAACAUAAUAAAUUAGAGAAACUAAAUCGUAGUUCUGAUGUAAUUAUUAUAGAUGAGUCGUUUGAAAGACUACGGUCGGAUUUUCCUAAACACAAAAUAUACUCACCCAAAAUAUUAGAAGAGUCGAAUGAGUUGCCAAAUGAAGAACUAUUCAUAAAUACAGAAAAUAACUCCAGCAAGUCAGGAAAGGUAUCUCUUAACUUGUCAGAGUGUUCUCCAACACACAAUACUUCACAUCCUAGUUGCAAUGGAUGGUCCCCUGCUCAGGACUACUUAUGUGCUAGACCUAGAACUAAACCUGAACCAUCUACACCAUCUGAUAUUCUCAACGAAUCACAAGAGCACUGUUCAAUGGAAAAAAUUACAAAAUCUCAUCAUAAGCUACUUUCUGAAUUAUAUGGAGAUGAUAUAUGGAAUAACUUUAGAGCACCAACUGGUGUGUCAAAAAAACUUUUGUAUGAAGAUGAGGAUAAAGAAAACAUCCAAUCAAUUAUAAAAAAAAACAAAGCGUUGUAUUUAACAGAUUCAGAAAGAAAAAAGAAAAGUGAUGCUGAAAGUUCAGAGAAAAAAUCUAGAAAGAAAUUGUAUACAGAAACGGUAAGUACUCCAGAGGUGCCGAAAGCGAAAAUUAAUACCCCAUGUGAUGUUAAAACAACUGUAAAGAAAAAUUCAAAAGGAAUGACAGUUACAGAAUUGGUACAGAUAAUGGAUGACGUUUUAAAAGAUAAAGUCAGACUUGAUAGCAACAAAAAAAAGAACAAACCUCUGUAUGAUGAAGAUUUAACUAGAGGUCGUAAUGUUAAGGACAAAAAAGUUUCAGAAUUGUUAGUUGCUCCAUUGAACAAUGCUAAGGAAAACAUUUUAGAAAAAGCAAGUAACAAUAGUGCGACUGUAAGACAGAAUCUAACAUCUGCUAAGAAAGAAAAUGUAGAUAUUAUUAAGGAGAAAGGGAAUAUUUGUGUUCUGACAAAUAAGCUAAAACUUUUGGAUGUAUGCCACACACCUGAGACAAAACGGUUGAGUUUUGUAGCAUCUUUAGCUGACAAUGUCCCUUCGUGGCGGUGUCACCCUGAAGCUCUGCAGUACCACGACAAAUACAAGACUCUCAGGGAACAAUUAGCUAGACGACUUUACUCAGAAUUUAACAGAGAGGUAUUUGGUAACAAGUUGGACAAAGACAUGCCCUUGAUUUGGGACACAAAGUUGAGAAGUACUGCUGGUACAACAACAAACCGCCUGAUAAAGAAAUCAACGGGUGAGAAAUUGCGCGUGUCAAGCGUCAAGUUGUCGACUAAAGUGUUGGAUUCGGCUCAAAGAGCUCGAGACACGCUCAUCCACGAAAUGUGUCACGCGGCCACUUGGAUCUUGGACGGGGAACUCAAAGCUGGUCAUGGGCCAUUGUGGGUCAAGUGGUGCAAAGUGGCGUUGCGAGUUUUUCCCGAAUUAGAAGAAAUAUCUCGAUGCCACGAACUAGAAAUCCACUACAAAUACAGUUACAAAUGCAAACAGUGUGGUUACAGUAUUAAACGUCAUUCGAAGUCAAUAGACGUGACGAAGAAGUGCUGCGGGUACUGUCGCGGUACUUUUGAAGUGAGAGUGAAUAAAAAGAACAGAGAUGGCGUCGUCGUAUCUACUCCGGCUCGUUCCGGUAACACCAACGAAUUCGCACUUUACGUUAAGGAAAAUUAUGGAUCUGUGAAGAAAUCUGGACAAACGCACGCGCAGGUUAUGAAGCUUUUAGGCGAACAAUUUUCUGUUAAGAAAAAGUCGAAAGGUUCCGAUGAUCUAUGACGAUUCCAUAAACGUCUGAAACUAGAAAAUUAUUUAAAUCAAUUUUUUUUAUAUUACAAAAUAUAUAUUUGAUGUUUUGAAUAAGUGUACGUUUAGCGUUUUAUUAUUGAAUUAUCAUGUUUUGCGGGUUUUUAGUAGAAAUGACUUAAUAUUUUGGACAGUAUUUUUUAUUUAUUUAAUUAUUAACGCAGCUUUGAAGUUAAGUAAGUAUCUUUACACUAAUUUGUUUAAGACUUUUUUAUUACUUAUCUUGAUCAACUUGUUUAGUUAAAGUUGAAACAUUUUAUAGGCAAGAUACAAUAAUUUUGACUACAGGUCUGACAGCAGGUCUUCAGCUAACUAGGUAAUGCAGUUAUAUGUAAUGACGGACGAUACUAUAUGUAUAAUAUAAAUGUAAUAUUUAAUAAUAAAUACGA